GUCAAUCCCACUCACACACACACACACAACCCAUGGCUUCUUCUUUUUCUUCUUCCUCUUCGUUACUACCUUUCUUUCUUAUCAUUUUCUCAUGUUUCUUGGCCCUUUCAUCCUCAAGAAGAUCAUUACUCGACCAUCCUUCUCCAACAAACCUUCCAAGAUCCGGUUUUAGAUUAACUCUAAAACACGUGGACUCCGGUAAGAACCUCACGAAGAUCCAAAAGAUCCAAAGAGGGAUCAGCCGUGGAUCCCACAGACUGAACAGGUUAGGAGCUGCGGCUGUUUUGGCUGUAGCCUCAGGUCCUGAUGAUACCAACAACAUCAAAGCACCUACACAUGGAGGAAGCGGUGAGUUUCUCAUGGAUCUAGCUAUAGGAAACCCUCCGGUUAAGUACUCGGCUAUAGUCGAUACCGGAAGUGACCUUAUAUGGACGCAGUGCAAGCCUUGCACCCAAUGUUUCGACCAACCAACUCCGAUCUUCGACCCGAAAACGUCUUCCUCUUACUCAAAAGUAGGAUGCUCUUCUGGUCUUUGCGACGCCUUGCCUCGAUCCAGUUGCAACAAAGACAAAGGUGCUUGUGAGUAUGUGUAUACAUAUGGAGAUUACUCGUCCACAAGAGGGGUCUUGGCCAUGGAAACGUUUACUUUUGAUGACGAGAACUCGGUUUCGGGUAUAGGGUUUGGGUGUGGGGAUGUGAACAAAGGAGACGGGUUCUCUCAAGGUUCAGGUCUUGUAGGUCUUGGACGUGGACCACUCUCUCUUAUCUCUCAGCUCAAGGAGACUAAGUUCUCUUAUUGCUUAACAUCUAUUGAGGAUAGCGAAGCAUCUAGCUCGCUGUUUAUUGGCUCUCUAGCUUCGAAUAUCGUUAAGAAAACAGGUGCAAGUUUGGCAGGUGAAGUCACCAAAACGAUGUCGCUGCUACGAAACCCUAACCAGCCUUCUUUCUAUUACCUUGACUUACAAGGCAUCACCGUUGGAUCAAAACGCCUGCCCAUUGAAAAGUCUACUUUCGAACUAGCGGAAGAUGGAACAGGUGGUAUGAUCAUCGACUCUGGCACGACCAUCACGUACCUCGAGGAGGCAGCGUUUAAGGCCUUGAGUAAGGAGUUUACUUCUCGGAUGAGUUUACCGGUCGAUGACUCGGGAUCCACAGGACUUGACUUGUGUUACACGUUACCUAGUAACGCGAAGAAAAUUGCUGUUCCUAAGCUCGUUUUUCAUUUCAAAGACGCGGAUUUGGAGCUUCCGGGGGAGAACUACAUGGUGGCUGAUUCGAGUACAGGCGUUUUGUGUUUGGCCAUGGGAAGUUCUAAUGGGAUGUCUAUUUUCGGAAAUGUUCAGCAGCAGAAUUUUAAUGUAGUUCAUGAUCUUGAGAAAGAUACCGUGUCGUUUGUUCCCACUGAAUGUGGAAAAUUGUAGAUUUUUAAUUGUUUCCUUAUUUUAUUAUUAAUGAACCUUUAUACUUUUUUCA